GUGUUUUUUUACCUCCACCUCUCUUCUGGGUAUCAUAUUUCUGGUCCCGUGUGCAUAUUCUGAAAGCUUUUGAGUUGUUGAUAUUGUUUGGUGAUGUGGGAUGUGCUUCUGUGAUAUGGGAAAGACGGGUGUUGUCUCAGAGCUAUUAAGAAUCUGAUACUUUGUUGGAUUUCUGGGAGGAGAAAGAAUUAAUAAUGAAGGAUUUUCCUGGGACUCCUGGGACUUUGACUGCGCUUCUUCUCAGGAUUUCACAAUGCGUCUUAGCUGCUGCCUCUAUCGCUUCCAUGGCCACCAGUUCCAGCUUCUUCAAUUUCACAGCUUUCUGCUACCUGAUUGCUUCAAUGGGUCUGCAAGUGAUUUGGAGUUUUGUUCUGGCAUUGUUAGAUGCAUACUCCUUGAUGAAAAAGAAGGCCCUCCACAACCCUGUAUUGGUCAGCCUCUUUGUAGUUGGAGACUGGGUUACUGCAACACUGUCUCUAGCAGCUGCUUCUGCUUCAGCUGGAAUAACUGUCUUGUACUUCAGUGACUUGAGCCACUGCAGUUUUGGAGAGGAAUGCCAGAAAUACCAGAUGGCAGUUGCUUUUGCUUACCUGAGUUGGGUAACAAUUGCUAUUUCUUCUCUAAUCAUGCUCUGGCUAUUGGCAGCAGAUCAAGCCUAUGUUUCAAGGAGAACGCAGAUCAAGCCUUUGAUUCUUUCUCCAAUUCAAGCUUCAUCGCCAAUAUCAACCAUCAACCCAACACCAAAAUCACUAGUUCAAACAUAA